AAAGCUUCUUCUGUUCCGUCCACAACCACUCGAACCUUUUGGACUCACAACCUUGUUUUCUGAAAGCGAGUAUUCGACAAUAGCGCUACUUCCAAGGUCACUUUGUAGCUCGAAGUCUUCCAGUCAAUAGUGGUUCCGUAGUUGGUAUUGGUUGUUACUGUAUACGAAACAAUUCAGGGUCUCUUCAUAUCUAUGGACGGUGACAUUUUGAAUGUUGUGCAUGUUAGUUUACACUAAAUAGCCCAAAUUAAUAUUGAUAUUUUAGUCUAUCAAAACUGGGGAAAAUGAUAAUGCUGCAGUCUGUAUUCCCUUUGAGAGACUUGCUCAAUAUUUAUUACUUGAUAAAGAUAGUCUUCCGAUUAACCUUCGUUUAUCACUCACUGAAUGUAUCGCGAACAUGGCGUUCAAUCCAUCAAUCAUCGGAUUAAAAGGUUUCGAGUUAUUAUUUCCUGGCUUGUGGAAUUCGGUAUAUCUUUCCCCUUCAACGGACAGAACUAUACCAUCACUUGUAUUCCCUGUAUUAAAUCAGAUUAUACAGUUUAAUACCUUUGUCGAUUUCAAUGGUAGCCUUCCAUCUGUUUUGACUAUUUCAGUCGAAAAGACAUGUGAAUUAUAUAUGUCUGAAACAGAUUGUCUUUUAUUUUUGAGUGAACUUCUACAGUAUGGCGUAAAACACAACAUAGAUUUUAAAGAUUCUUUGGUAAAGAGUUUGACCGUUUGUUGCGAAAAAUUUGAUCCAUCUUGUAAAGAUGAUUUACUUUGGAAUUAUUUAAUUUUAAUGAUAAAAUUAAUAAAUUUAAUGCCUACAAUUGACAGUUCUAAAGGUUUAUUAGAACAUCUUAAACAUCCAAUUUUAUUUUGUUUGAAUUGCUUGAAGACUAAACGAUUUUACAGCAUCAAUAAACAAUUCUGUAUAGUUCUUCAAUUUUUGGUCGCUUUGUCAAAUGUUUUUCAAUCGUUAAAAUGGUUGGGAAAUUUUUGUAAUCAAACUAAUCAUGGUGAACCAUUUACUCUAGUUGUUACAACCCUUACUAUUGAACUACGUUUAUAUCUGACUCAGAAAUCCUCAAAAAACAAUAACAGUAAGAAUGUUAGCAAUAAUGUUCAGUGUGCUUUGUAUUCUGGCAGUGAGAAAGAGAAAACUGUCGGAAUCUCGUCCGAAAAUUGUACAGAUAUAUUGAUUUGCUCAGACCCCUCAGUAAUUAAUCGCAAUAUAUUAGAAGCAUGUUUACUUCUAUUUCAAUAUUGCCUACAAGAGUUACAGAAGAGUAACACUGAUGAUAAUGAUUUAGAUACUGCUAAUAAAUGUAGUGAUAAUUCUUCGUACUGCUCCUUAAUUUCACACGCUACUGACGAUACAGUGAAAAACAUUUGGUUACAAUGUUUAGAUACUGGUGAAUUGUUGCGAAAUUUACUAAGUUCAUUUCAUCUUUCUAUAAAAAACCAAGAUCCCAGUUGUGAAAUAUGUAAUGAUACACACUUCUUAUGGGAUAAGUCGGUUAAUGAAAUUAAACCACUUGGUGCAAUUUUACUUGAAACAUAUUUCAGUUGGAUUGAAUUAUACUUUAAGACACACUGUAUGGAACUGGAAAAGGAUUUUGAAAUCAUGUCUGUUUUUGAAGAACUAUUCAAUAAAUACUUAACUCCAGUUUUACCGAUUCUGGAUACACUGAUGACGAAUUUCUUUGAAAAUCAUCAUCUGUCAACUAACUCGCAUCAAAUUUCAUCUACGGAUAAUUCGAAAAUCCUUCAAUCUGUUGCAAAUAUCUCAACUAUUUUAAUUCAGCUGUGUAAAAUUCCUUCAAAUCCUCACUUAUCUGCUAAUCUAUUUGGAUAUAAUUCAACUGGUAGACCAUUUCGUGGAAAUAUGAUUUGUAAAUGGUUGAAGGAAAGUUGUUGCGCGAAUAUUAUAACUGCUCAGAAAUCUAAUACGCGUUCAUUCGUUAUCCUUGUUACUAAUAUAUUGGAACUUAUAAACAGUUGUCUGCUGAAUACAUUGUUACUCGACACGAAGGACAGUUUACAGGAGACCGACUUACUUAUGUGGCUUUUGAGUCCUGGUGAUUUAUUGAAAUUUUUUGCUGGUAAUUGGAUCUCUUUAGUAGAUUCUCUCAUUGUAAAUGAACCAUCUCUUUGUAUAGAAUAUAUUUGUACAGUUAUUAAAAUGUGGAUAGUUUAUUACAAAUGGUCAGAAGUAUUCAGUUUUAAUGUAUGUGAUCAAAUGAAAAAAUAUCUAUCAGAUAUUCCUGAUGAACUUUUGAAAAGAAUCGAUAAAAUUUUAUCGUUGUUUGAGGUAGCAUCAUUGGAUUACUCAGCUGGAUAUCAUCUUUCUAAUCUUCGCGAUGCUUUUACAGAAGCCGCUAAUUUGGAUACACGGUUCUCAGACAUCUCUACUCUUGUUAGAGACUUUUGACUUGUUCAUUUUCUAUAUUGUUUACAGAAUAAUAACAGUUGAUUUCCAUCACUAGAACACAGAUAUCAGCAACAAUAAAAGAUUAUUCAGUAGUCUUUUUAUUGAAGAUUGCAUUUGAAGAAAUAUGUGUCGUUCCCAUUUAUAAUUAGAAAAAGCAGUGUUAAAAAUUUAAAUAAAUAACUUUUGUAUUAC